UGCAUGAUUAGGAUGUUUACAUAUGCUAAGAUAGCAAUGGAUAGUUCACCAGUCACUGACCACCAUUCAUUUUUGGACAUUUGACAACACUGCCCACGGUUAAACUGAGUAUGUUCUUGGAAAACAACAUGACUUUUGGCAGUUAUGGUCUUAAGAUCAAGUGGUCAAGAUGUUCUCAGGUGUCAGUUUCAGAUUAUUGCCUUAGUUCAGCCUUUUAUAGAGAUUUGAUAUUCCAGAAGUUAUUUGUCACGUCUUUCCAAGCCCCCAAAAUAAAUUUCUUGGUCUCUGGCAAAGGGGGUUGAGUCAAGUGCUAGGCUCAGUGUUGGUUGUGACAGCCUGUCAUGUCAAUGUGCAUGCUGCUCCUGUUGCUGUUACUCUCUCUCUCGGGUUGGCCGUGGUCUCAGUAACUCCCCCCACCAGCCGUGUAGAUAGCCACUCUGAAUGGAUCCUACAGUUACCUGCCAGUCAUUUGGACUUGGACUCUGCAGGAUCCGGAACCAAUGCAUGGAGUAAAAACUCUUAACAAUCAAAGUCCAGACUGAGAAAUCAUUUACUGAUGUAUUUGGAAAACUCUGAGCAAAGCAAAGUCUCUGGAGAAGGGGAGCCAUCUUCUGAAGUCAUGUUUGCUGAACAAUGCCAGGUUUCAAAAUUACCAGAAGCUGCAGAUUUAACCAGUCCUUCAGAGGGAAGUGCUGAACCUGGCGUGGAGGUCCUCGUGGAGUAUACUGAGCAGAGUGUUGUCAGUAGAGAAAUGGACCCUUCUAUGCUUUGUGUGAAACAUUGCAACAUGAAUGGAAAUGAGACUGAAUCCUGCACAUAUUGCAAUGGACACUCUGAGGGCUUUGAGCAAUACUCAGGAGGAGAUGGAUUUUUUGAAUCUGACCAGAUUGUUGAGACUUCUGGGUUAAGCCAACCAUUUGAUGAAUGUGCUCAACAAUGUGAGUGUUUUAAACCUUGCAAGUCCUCUGAGCACUACGCUAAUCAUAGCUUAACUUCCAUAUGUAGUCCUUGCUGUGAACAUUGUACAGAACACCUCCAGUUAUUUCAACAAUGUAAGCCCUCUGAUCAACAGUUUGACUUUGAGCCAGAUAGAUUGGCAGUGAACUGUGACAGUUUUGGGCAGUGUGAAAUGUCUGAUUUCAUACCCGAAUCCACAGACGACCUCGAGUUACUGCAACAGUAUGAGCCUUCAGAUCAGCAGUGUGAGUGCUUUGACUCUGAGCUAGACACAUCAACAGAGGACUCUGAGCCAUGUGAGAUGACUGGUUUCACACCUAACAUCUCUGAUUCAGUGGACUUAUUGGACUGUGGCACUGAAGAUUGUGAGUAUGAAGAAGCUCAGAGUCAAACUGAAUGUUCUGAUGCCGAUGAAGAGAGCUAUCCACUUGAACAAGAGGACGAGCAAAAUGAAACUGAACUGACUGAUGAAGAGUCCUGCCAAUUAUCAGAAGAAAUAAAUUCCUCACAUUUCAAUCCACCUGCUCAUGUUUAUUUUGAUGAGAGUGAAGAUGUUCACUUUGAAGGUGAUUGGUGUGAGACACAACAGCUUGCUGAAGACAUGUCUACAGACGAAUGUGGAACGGAUUACUCAGAAACAAGCCAGGACAAUGAACCAACUCAACAAUGUGCUACUUCAGAGCAGUGCAACUCUGACAAGUCCUCAGAGUUUUGCGGUGAAGAAGAUGGCUCCUCAGAUUGCUCUUCGAUUGAAACCAAGUCCUUUAAGACUUGUCCUGAUGACAGUACUCCUUCAGAUCUCUGCUCUGAUUCAUCUGGGGAGUCUGACAAAGGAGCUCAGGAAGAUUCAAGUGAUGAACAGACGCAGUGGGAAUCUUUUGAAGAAUAUGAAGAAAUCGAGCAAAGUCAUAUUAACGGAAGUAAUGAGGAUAAAAAGAAAACGUCCACUGUUGAUGUUGUCAUUGAGAAUUACUUUGAUCUAUUUGACAGAGCUGACUAUUACGGACAUGCGUUUUCACAAAAGCGACAUUACAUCUCCUGCUUUGAUGGGGGCGAUAUCCACGACCACCUGUAUCUUGAAGAAGUUCGUUCUGAGGCACAGAAACCUGCCAAAAAUGCAUACAGAUGUAAAGAAAUCAAAGAGGAAAUUUACGAGCAGGAAACUGAUACAUGUUUCAUAGCCGGUGACGAAGCAUGCCGAGAUAUUUACGAGGAAGAUGAAAGUCCGAGAGAUGAUACCUCCACUGGGUCAUGUGAGUCAGAGAAACAACCCGAAGACUGGAUAGUUGAAUCAGAAUCAAGUUUAGCAGAUGAUGAAGUUGAAGAAAAUGAAUCAGAAGCUCAUGUACUUUAUACAGACGAUUGUGAGGAAGCAGAGAAACAAGUGGACACCUUUGAUAGACAAGCAUUUGACGGCCAUGUUUCUGAAAUCUGUGAUGAAAAAGAAGCUGUGGAGAGUAUGUGCGCACCAUGUGCAGAUGCCAUCUCUGUCGAAGGGGACGCUUAUGAAGAUGAAGUCUCUGAUGCUCAAAAUUAUGAAUCUCUUGGUGACAACAUCUCUACCAUUAGCUAUUUACAGACAAAUGCUACUGAUCGCAAAAAGGAAGACAAAGGCGAGUCUGAAGACAAAGAAUUUAUUGCAUGUUCAGAAAUGGAGCCAUAUUGGUCACUUCUAAAUCACGAGGAAAAUGGAGAGUUGUGUGAGCCAGGUGUUGAAGAAUAUUAUGCAUAUCAGAUUAAAAGCAUUCAGUCAUCUGUUAAACAAGCCCUGAAUGGAUUUAUUAUGGAAGGAGGAUCAUAUGAUCAGAAGAUCCAUGGAGCUAAUGGGGAUGCCUCUGAGAAUGAAAAAGAAGAUGCUCUUUUGGACCUGAAAGAGACUGAGUUACGUGUCCAGAGUAGCCUAGAGGAGUGUAAAGUAGUCAGAUUCGGAAUUACUGAAGUUAUUGAACUGGGUGACAAUUUCACUGAUUUCUCUGUUGUGGAAAAAACAACCAAUGGACAAACUCCAGAAUUAAAAGAUGACGGUGGAGACAGUGAAAUACCAAGAGAAAUAAAACCUCCGUUAGAUAUUAUUCACAGUGUUGUCUCAGAACUUGAUGCGCAGAACAAGACCUCCGAACAAAGCAGGGAUUCAGAAGAUGAGACGAGUGACGAUGAAUCUUCUGAGCCUUGUGAAUGCGAGUACUGCAUUCCACCAAUAGAGCAGGUCCCAGCCAAACCGCUGCUCCCACGGGUGAGAUUGAAUGAUGCAGGGAAGAUCUGUGUUGUCAUUGAUCUGGAUGAAACACUAGUGCAUAGUUCAUUUAAGCCAGUGAACAAUGCUGAUUUUAUCAUUCCAGUGGAAAUUGAUGGAACAGUUCACCAGGUGUAUGUGUUAAAGAGACCCCACGUUGACGAAUUCCUCAAGAGGAUGGGAGAAUUGUUCGAGUGUGUUUUGUUCACCGCGAGCUUAUCCAAGUAUGCAGAUCCUGUGUCGGACCUGUUGGACAAAUGGGGGGCCUUCAGGAGCCGUCUGUUCCGGGAGUCAUGCGUCUUCCACAAAGGGAACUACGUAAAAGACCUGAGCCGUUUAGGAAGAGACCUGAACAAGGUCAUCAUCAUUGACAACUCCCCAGCCUCCUACAUCUUCCAUCCCGACAACGCAGUUCCUGUAGCGUCCUGGUUUGACGACAUGUCAGACACCGAGCUCCUCGAUCUUAUCCCCUUCUUUGAGAGACUAAGCAAAGCGGAUGACAUCUAUGAUUUUCUCACGCAGCAGAGGACUUCAAGUUAACAGAGGCAGGAUACUAGGAUGAAAAUAAUCACCAGCAGCUGUCGUCACGGGGCCACGGAGGCUGGUGGGCCACAGGCUCCACGCUGCUUCCAACUACAAGGACCACACUGCAAAAAAAUCCCAUGUCAUUUAAUCUCAUAUUCUCACAGUGUAUUGCAUAAAAAAGUAAAAGUAAUCUUCAACUGUUUAAAGGUCCAUCAGAAAACGACUACAGUAUCUAAUCCUAGUGAAGAUUUUCUUUUGGUAAUUCUAGAUAAAGACUGAAUAUGAGAUUCAAUGACUUCUGUAGAUAUCUUUUGCAGUGCAGCUAGUGUGUUGUUGUUGAUGUUAUGUGACAGCAGUGACCCAUGUAAGUGUGCUGUAACCCUAGAUUGUGUGAACAGUUGUUCAGUGCCAUUCUGCAAAUGAACCACAUCAGUCAUUUUCAUGUCAGUGCAAUGUAGCAUUUGUAAUAGUAUUUUAAGCUCUCACACAGAAUAUAACAAGUUAUUGAUGACCGUCCGUUGAGUCCCAUUCACUUUUUUUUUUUGUGCCUAUAACGGCCAAAUGUCUAUGUAGUAAUAGACAAUCUUUAACUUUGCUUUAAUAAUUACUAUAACAAAAUUUGUGACACAUUUCACUACAAAGAAACCGUUUUGAUCUGCCCCAAAUACUAUGCAGUUACUGUUCAUCUCGGGAAAGCUUUGAACAAACACUGUUUGUUUAGAUUGAGAGAAACUUGAACAGUAAUCAUGGAAACCAUAUCCAGCAUUGAUUGUAGUCUUUAUGUACUACAUUACAGAUUAUUGUGUCAAUUGUAAUAUUACUGGAAUCGAAUUAAUGCGUAAUAACCCUUUUAUAUCUUGUCUUAUUUCUAGUUCAGUCAAAAAAAAUACCAUAAUGUUGUUAUUCAGUAGUUGACCUCAUACUUGCAUCAACAAAUCUUAAAAAAGCGAAUUAUACCACGUCUGAGACAAUGUUUUGGACAGUUCUGGAUUGGUUUUAAAGGUCCAGUGUGUAAGAUUUAGGGGGCUCUUAUUAACAGAAUACAGCAGAAAUUUAAUAUAAUAUUUAUAGCUAUGUUUUCAUUAGUGUAUAAUCACCUGAAAAGAAGAAUUGUUAUGGUUUUGUUACCUUAGAAUGAGCCUUUUAUAUCUACAGAUGCACUUCCAUGCAGUUUGCCAUGUUGAACAGUCAUAUUUCUACAGUAGUGUACAAACAAACUAAACACUGGCUCUUUUUUGUUUUGUUUUUCCUUUUUUUUGUUUUUUUUUUGCGCUAGGAAGAAUGCCGCUAAAUCCUACACACUGUUCCUUUAAGAAAUCAGACUGCACGCACAUCGGACCUUUCACGCCACUGCAGAAAAAUCGUGAGAUUAUUUUUGUACAUACAGUAUAUCAGAAUUUUAGGCAAUUGUUUUGAUUUGAUUUUAAUGUUAUUUUAUCUUUUGAGUUUUAAGUUGAAUCGGACACCACGGUGUGCGGCCCAUAAAUGAUGCAAUACUGUUUGU